AAUCGAACGCGAGGGAGGUCGAGAGCCAAAUCGAGCGCAAGGCGGCGGCGAUGGCGAGGGUGCUUCGCGGGGGGACGCUGAUCCCAGCCAUCUUCCGCCGCAUGGCGCAGGAGGGCGUCGCCCAGGGAUCGUCUCCGGCCGCCCCCGCUGCGGGCGUGGGUCGUCUGAUGCACACGGGCCAGUGGCGUAACCCAGUGACUGCGAGCGCCAAGUUGCCCUUCGGGAGGCAAGUUCUCUCUCAGCAACAGAAGAUCGUGAGGAUGGAGCAGUUCCGCAGCAAGAGGUCGUACACGGAUGAUGCUGGACCUGAACGGUUGCCGUGGAGUAUUUUGGCCGUUCUAUGCGCCAUAGCAGUGGGUGCUACAAUCCCAAAUAACAAUAUCUUGAAGCGUAUCAAGGAGAGUAGGCGUGUUGAUGGUUAAUUUGGAUGUGUGUAUCUGCAGAAGUCGCUUGGCUUUUCAAGUUAAGCACCGGCUGUUUUUACUUAUUUAUUUUGUACGUGGCACCCUGGAAAGUUACAGUAUUCCAGUAGUGUUCACUAUGCUGCCUAAUGCUCUAAGGCUGUUCUCUUGCCUUGUCAAGAUAAGCGCUGGCCCUUUUUUACUUAUUUUGUUCUGAGUGUUCCCAGCAGUGUCACAUUGAGAUCAUGUCUCUUUUUUUUUUAUCCUACCAUUGGCCAUGCAGUAUCUCCCUCUAA